AUGGCUGCCGAUUGGGAGACUAGGGCGGCCGAAAAACGCCAGCGGCUGCACGACGCUAUCCCAGAGGACUGGCGACUCAACAGCGAGUUACUCAGCGAGCUGAAGACGCCGCUUGAAGAGUCGGACAACAACGUCCUCGAACUCGGAUUCUGCAAGCGCUCCGGUAUCCUCUCUGAGAAGGAGCUCGACAUUACUGAGUCGUACAAUGUGUCGGAGCUGCUGGAGGCGCUCGCUGGCGGAAAGCUGACGGCGUUGGAGGUGACGACUGCAUUUUGCAAACGCGCCGCCAUUGCCCAUCAACUUCUUACUUGCUGCACAGAAAUCUUCUUUGACAAGGCGCUGCAGAGGGCCAAGGAGCUUGAUGCGCGCCGCGAACGGGGUGAGCCUCUCGGACCCUUUCACGGCCUGCCGAUUAGCGUCAAAGACAACAUUCAGGUGGAGGGCGUGCCGGCGACGUUGGGUCUGGUGGCUUUUUUGGAUGAUGAUGUGUCGGAGAAGAACUCUGCCGUCGUCGACAUCAUCCUCGCAAGCGGCGCCGUUAUAUACUGCAAGACCAACGUGCCGCAGACAAUGAUGACGGUAGACAGUCAUAACAACGUCUUUGGGCGAACGCUGAACCCCCUCAAUACGAGUCUUUCGGCUGGCGGUUCCAGUGGCGGUGAAGGCGCCAUUAUCGGUUUCAGAGGCUCGCCAUUGGGCCUUGGGACUGAUGUGGGAGGCUCUGUUCGAUUCCCCGCAGCCUGCAAUGGCCUUUACGGAUUUCGUCCUACCAUUGGACGUGUUCCUGGCGGAGAUCUAAAGAUAUGUGCCGACCCGGGCAUGCGUCAGAUCAAAUCGUGCAUCGGCCCGCUGGCUGGCGACGUGGAUGCACUGAAUACACUCAUGAAGGUCGUCGUGGAUUAUCGGCCUUGGAAGCUGGACUCCACCGUCGUCGACUUGCCCUGGCGCGACGUCAAGCUCGAGGCUGGCCAGAAGCUUCGCAUCGGCGUCAUGGCCCAGGACCCAGCCUUUCCGCUUCACCCACCAAUUCGCGAUUCCAUUAAGGAAGCCGCAGAAAAGCUCAUCGCGGCCGGCCAUCAAGUCAUUCCGCUCCAGCCGUCCGACGGUCUCCUCUGGGAGGCACUCCAGACGGCUUUUGGCCUGUUCUCGCUCGACUCGACUGGGGCGCGCAUCGUGGAGGAGGCCGGCGAGCCUCCCAUUCCCUCGCGCGCAAAGCUACUAAAAGCCAUGACCUUUGCUCCUUGGACGUACCUGGAAGACGCCCAGAAAUUGGAAGGGCUGGCCCGUCUGUCGGCUUUGAACAGAAAGAGGGCCGAGAUUGCGCGGGUGUGGCAUGCGGCUUACACCAAGCAUGAUCUGGAUGCGGUCAUUGGGCCGCUGAUGCAGCACACGGCGGCUCCGCAUGACGAGUUUUCGGGUUCAGCUUACGGCACCAUUUUUAAUCUGAUUGAUUAUCCGGCUUGCGUGAUUCCGUUUGGCAGAGCUACAGCCAAGGAUGGAGAGACAUUCGAGUUGAAGCCAGGUCAACACGCGUCAGAGUACAACCCGGCGAAAUCAGCAGGCAUGCCAUGCACGAUUCAGAUUGUGACGCCAACCAUGCGAGAUGAAGAAUGCUUGGCCAUUUCCAAGGUUAUAGACACCUGCUUGAACAAGUAG